CCCCCAUAUCUCGACAGAAACGAGUUGAUCCUGCGCCAUUGCAUCUGUCAGGCGGCUCGUCCGGCAUCCCAUCCAACAGCCCAACAAACCAGCAUUUCCUUCGACCAAAAGUCUUUGAAACCCACCCAGACCCGCUGACUCCGGCACCAUGAGCAGCCAGGGCGAUGAUUUUGGCGACUUUGGCGACUUUGGCGACUUUAGCGCCCCCGCACCACAAGAUGACGCCCAAGCCGGAGCCAUUCCAGUCGAGACAGCCCACCCAGCAUCGACAGCCGCCCCAGCAUCCGAACCGACUCACGGUGCAAAUGAUGACGGCGACGAUGGCGAUGGCGAUGGCGAUGAUUUUGGAGACUUUGGCGACUUUGAUGCAAGUGUGUCCGUCCCGGCUCCGGCUCCGGCUCCGGCCCAGAUCGAUGCAUCCAAGUCGAAUGCAGGCGACAGCGACUUUGGCGACUUUGGCGAUUUCGAUGAGCCAGUGCCAGCACCGGCACCGACAUCGGCCCCCGAGCCGGCCGCAAACUCGGCCACCGUUGCUGCUCCUCCCAUCCCGAUAGCCGCCGUGCCUGUCCAAGCCAAUCCAGAGGAGGAGGAGCGUAUCCGACGGGCAUUGAUGCCCGACAACACUGACGCCGUCCUCCCGGUCUACUAUACCGUGCUCGAGAAGCUCAAGAACUGCUUUCCGAUCGAGAUACCGAUUCAACACUACGGACGGGAGACCGCCGAGCCCCUUGUCGUUAUCGAAGUCAUCGAGAGCCAAACACCACGGACGUCCACCACCCAGCAGAAUACUCCGAGCAAGUCAGUCGUGCCCAGCGCCGCCUUUGAAUCGGAGCUCUGGUACGAUCUGUGGGGCCAGCUAUCGAGCGAGACGGUUUACUCCGAGUCGAUGGCAUCCAAGUUCCGAUGGCGCAAGUCCACUGUCCGGAAAGAGUUCCUGAAUGCCCUGGGUGUGAAGGUCGUCGAAGAGCCCAACCAAAACUCGAUGUCGACAACAACACUGCCGCUGGAGCAGUCUCAGUCGUCCUUGAACGACCCGAUGGCUCCUCGCUCCUCGCAGCACGUCUCCAAAAAGACCUCGAUCGCGGCUUUGAGCUCGUCGAUUCUGCCAAGCGGGCCGCUUUCGGGAGAUUCGCGCGAGAGCGAUCUGAUGGAGGCCAAGCGACUAUGCGACAUUACCGAAGACGACAUGCGCCGCAAGACCAACGAGGAACUCAAUCAGCUGGUGGCACAACUGUCGGCGUAUCAUCAAAAGAUGCAGGAGCAGGCCAACUACUGGCUCGACGCCAAGGAGCAGCUGGUGAUGGAUGCCGAAAUGCACAACAAGAUGAUUGCGAGCCUGGUGCAGUAUGCACAGCAACAGCAAGUCGGCGUCAAGGGCAAGAACAGCAAAAAGCCCGGCAAUCGAUUCUUCUGACCCCACAUGGCGCCAGCCCAUCAGAGCAUGUU